AUGUCGGCCCCCGGAGCUGGUCACGAAUUUCCCGCCAAAGAGGUUUCUUGGCAGAAGCGCGAUGUGCUACUAUUCGCCAACAGCAUCGGCGUCAAGGCCGACGAGUUGCACUUCCUCUAUGAACUUGAUCCGAACUUCUCGGUCUUCCCGACCUAUUCUCUCAUUCUCCCCUUUAAGCUCACUGAUCAGGAGGUGAUUGAUUUCUAUGCCCGUCAAAGUGCAGUUCGCAUUCCCGGCGUGCCGGACCUGGACUAUCGCCAUGGCGUUGAUGGCCAGCGCAAGAUCACGAUCCUCAAGUCGCUUCCCACUACUAGCGCAGGGCGCAAAUUUGAGCUGCGCAACAAGGUCGUUGGUGUUUAUGAUAAAGGCAAGCCCGGUACUGUGACCGAGACUGAACAGUCUAUUGUUGAUAAGGAGAGCGGCGAGGUGUACACAAAGGUCCUGAGCAGUAGUUUCCUGGUCGGCCAAGGUGGCUGGGGUGGUCCUAAGGGACCUAGCACUGUCAACUACCCCCCGCCCGAGGGCAAGGCCCCCGAUGCUACCCAUGUUGUUCAGAGCAAUAUGGAGACAGCUCACCUGUAUCGUCUCAACGGUGACUACAACCCUCUCCACGCUACCCCGGAGCCUGGACAGAAGAUGGGCUUCGGUGGCACUAUUAUUCAUGGCCUUUUCAGCUGGAAUUCCGCUGCGCAUGGAGUUCUACGUGAAUUGGGUGGUAGUAACCCUGCCAAUAUGAAAGAGUUUCAGGCUCGCUUUGCCUCGCCUGUGCGACCCGGCGACAAGCUCAUCACCGAAAUUUGGAGAAUGGGCAAUGUCCAGGAUGGCUAUGAGGAGGUCCGCUUUGUUACUAAAAACGACAAGGGUCGGGUUGUGUUGAGCAAUGGCCGUUGUCUAUUGAAAGUGACGGGCGUGAAGAGCAAGCUGUGA